AUGGCCAAGCCGGAGGACCCCCCUGAGACAGUAGGAGCGCAGCCGGAGCAGGUGGCGGCGGAGGCGGUGGUGCGCACGCUGCUGCUGUCCGUGGUGCUGUACGCGGCGCUAAAGGCAAGUGCGGACGGGCUGCGGCGCUGGAGGGCCGCGGCGUCGGUGCUGGUGGUGGGCGCCGGCCCGGUGGGGCUGACGGCCGCGCUGGUCGCUGUCCGCUCGGGCAAGGUGCUGAAGCUGACGAUCCUGGACCAGCACGGCCGCGCAGCGCUCCACGGGCGGCCGCAGCAGAUAGCGCUGGAGCCCCGCAGCGUGCGCUUCCUGCUGGGCCUGGGGGUGGACUUCGACAACAUGGAAGGCUGCUGGGACAAGGAGCGCUUCUUCACCAGGAUCGGGGUUUUCCAAGAACACCUGCUCAGCAUCCUGGAGCAGCACAAGCGGCGCCUGGACGUCCAAGUCUUGCUGGGCACGAAGGUGCCAACCCCUGAGAUUCGCGCUCACAGCCUGUACUUUGAUCUCUCUGCUUAUGGCAUGGAUAUGACUGCUGCAGGAAAGGAGUCUUCUAAACCUGGAUUCCAUCUGAAAAUCUAUGGGACUUUCCGCAACCGUUACCUGGCUUUGGCUUGUCCAGCUUCUGAUUCCAAAAUUGUGAGGUUCUUACGCCACACAUUCAGUUCCUCAAUCAUGAAGAACAUCUUCCACCAGUCUUUUAAUGCUUAUAAGAUGGAUAUUGAGCCCAGAGUAAAUGAACUGACCCUCCAUCACAUCAAGUGCAGCCAUCACAUUUUUGAAAUCAUGUUAUCCCACAGACGGGUCACCGCUGCUUUCAUUGAAGGAGAAAACGCCAUUGUUGCUGUGGAAGGAGAAGCAGCCAGAGUGCUGAAUUUUGACACGGGCUGUGGAGUGAAUCUUGGGCUGAGAGGCCUGGAAUCAACAGAAGAGUUAAUCUAUAAGGUGGCCACAGCGGUGGAUCAGAAUGACAUAUUUGAGGCGCUGGCAGCUAAAAUCCGACACUCAAAACAAGUGGCAGAAGAUUUCAAGCAGAAUGGAUUGUUUGCCACCAUGUUCGAGUAAUAGGAUGAGACAAACACACAAAGACAUUAGAGAACUGAUCGUUCCGUGCCUUACUACUUAUUUUUAAAAACUGGAAUUUAGUUUUAUGCUUUCAAGCAAGCUGCCUUCCACAAACAGUAAUAAGUAACAGUUAAGUAGGGUCAGGGUCAAACUACACUUCAUGGGUUUGAAGACCCCUGUCUUCAAACCAGGAUGUUCUCCCACUGUGCCUAAAGAAAGAUGUGUGGCUUCAAGUGACAUGCAGGAACACAAGGAUGACCAAGACUCAUAAAAUGUCCUCCACCCCCUUGCUAAUUCCUACCAAUCCAGACAGUGGGCCCCGGGCUAGCAGGGUCAGUAUGGAUGGCAGUCAAGAGCUGUGACUGUUAUACAAUGCCCUCCCUGUUUCCUUUGAUUUUCCUACUGCACUAAAGGGGAAAGAUUCAGUACCUUCGUGCCUAAAGAGCUGGUUUAGUUUGGGAGCCCACUGCUAGAUUGGGUUGGAUCCAACAGGCUUUUCUGCUGAUGCCAAAAGAAAACAGUGGGUUCCUUCUGGCAAAAGGCUAGUCUGGGGAUCAUGUGGUUUGCAGGGACAAAAACCUUAUGGGAUGGGCGAUAGGCUAAGAGGAGAAAUGGAGGGAGACUGAUUUUAAAAACUGGUUGGAUCCAACCCCUGGCCUACUCAUAAAUUGUUUUUUAAAAAUCUUUCACGACUGUACACAUGGGGAAAGUUUGGAAGGAGAGAACUUGUUUUGCUGGGUUGUACUAAACCUCCCAGUUGAUGAUUGGGGCCUUAUCCUUUCCUUUCUGGCUUAAUGCUAAUAUUCUAACAAUGCAAUCCCAACCAGUCACUCCAAGCCCGUUGGGUUACUGUAACUGGUUAUUUAUUUAGAACCAUUUUAUGCUGUCUUCCCAGAAAACCUCCUGAGGUGGCUUAUCUUUGUCACAAAUUAAAAGACAUUAAAGUCCAGCAAUAAAAAGCCCUAAAUAUAAGAUAUUUGAUCAUGAAAACAGACAACUUAAAGCAAGAAUUAAAUAGUGUCAAGGAAACCAAUGUCCUAAUUAAAAGCCUGGGUGGAAAGAACAUUUGGGCCUGACACCUAGAAGAAAGCAACACAGGUUUCAGGUGAGCCUUAAAGGUUUCACAAAUGAAGCCAAACACCUGGCCGUUAUCCACACACCCCAUGUGUUACCCAGCAUGCCCUUCAGCCAAUUUCUCCUUAACCUCAUCCUCCAUUUUCAAAAGGAAUUUUAAAAAUUCCCUUUGUCAUAUCAAACUACCAAUAUAACAUUGAGGCAGAGAUAAGAAGCAGGUUCCGUUAAAUCAGCUUUGUCAAUUUCAAGUAGAGGUUGUGAUAUUAACAUUUAGGCAGAGAGACAAAGUAGCAGGGACAAUUAGAUCAGCUUUGUCAAUUUCACUUUGAGCUUGGAAUGUAACA